UUUUUUUUUUUUUUUUUUUUGCAAGGAAUUGGAUUUGUUUUCCAAGAUGCCUUCCUCACAACUAUGGCCGACAUACUGUCCUCAGAAGGUCCAGUGGCCAUUAGCAUUGAUGGAAAGGCUGUUCGCGAGGUUCCAGGACCUAAGGGGCUGCCCUACAUAGGUAACUACUUGGAGAUCUACCCAGACCAUCUCGGCAACCACCAACGCCUGUUUGAUAACUAUGGGCCUCUAAUAAAGACAACAAAUCUUGGAAGCACCACAUAUUCCACCAACGAUCCCAAGCUAUCCAAUAUUGCUUUCUCAGAGAGUGACUUUUUUACCAAGAGUAUAAUAGAUAGCCACCCACUGCAUCCCAUCAAGAUAAACGAAGCAGGUAUCUUCCUAGGCGAUACGGACACCGAGGAAUGGAGAAUUACGCAUAAAUUCCUCCCACCUGCACUGGGCCCUAAGGCUGUACGUCACUAUGCACCAAAUAUACAGAAGACGGUAGAAGACAGCUUCAAAGUCUUCGAUGAGCUCGACGAGCGAGAAGAAGCCUGGAAUGUUUAUCCUUACAUGCUCAAGCUCGGUUCUCAAGCCGUAGGGAAAAUUGUGCUCGGCAUGGACUUCAAGCAUUUCACCUCUGUAGAUGCACCACCACACGAGAUGGUCAGAUUGAUAGCGGAGCUGUUGGAGCUUACAAAGAAGAUCUCGUCGAUGGGGACCUGGUAUGCCAAGCUUCCAUUUGGCGAUCCGAAGAAGCUGAGAGACGUCCAAGCGCGUAUUGAGGAGUUGAUGACAGAUGCCAUCAACAAAGCGGCUAAGGGCUCAGAGGAUCUCGAUCUCCAGGAGGCUGCAUUGAAGGCUGAAAACAUGAUCGAUUAUGCCUGCCGAGCAGUCGACAACAAGGGGAAUAGGUUACCCAAGGACAUGAUGCGCAAUCCCCUUGUCGUUGCCACCGGCGCCGGCUUCACCACUACGUCAAGCUUGCUGUCAUGGCUCAUCUAUGGCCUUGUUCAGUACCCAGGAAUGCAGGCGCGGCUGUUACAAGAGCUGAUCGACAAUGGCAUUGACGAUAACACCCAGAUGGACGCCGACCUGAUAGGAAAGCUCACAUUCCUCGACAAGUACGUCAAGGAGACGCAACGCCGACAUAACCCCUCAUAUCAGCCAGCUCGAACAGCUAAAGUGGACAUGAUAUUGCCGGGAGGGUACAAAAUACCAAAAGACGCCAUCGUGAUCCCUGCAAUCCACCAUAUUCACAACAAUACAGCGCUCUGGGACAAUCCGGCGCGAUUCGACCCCGACAGGUGGGACACGGACAAGGUGAAGAACCGGCCCAACGGUUCUUAUAUCCCCUUUGCAACGGGGCCGCGGUCUUGCAUCGGAUUUAAUUUCGCGCUGAUGGAAGUGAAGACGUUUUUGCCGAAGCUGGUCUACCGAUACAACUUUAGUUUGGCGAAGGAUGGUCCCAUUGACUAUGACCCGAUGUUUCAAUUGAUACGGCCGACCAAUUUGUACGUGAGAGCGGAACGUCGCGUGAAGUGGCCGCCGCGAACGAGCGCUUGAUCGACAAAUUUUCUAUUUUUAUCAAUGUAUUCUAGGUAGGUGGGAAUUCGAGUAUCGGAUGUAAUAUUAGACUAGGAUGACGGAAUAGUAAUGAUUAGAUUUGCUUGGAAUGUUUAGAAUUAUUAUAGAAGGUCUUGGCGCGACAAGCUUUUCUGUGGAAGCCAAGCUGAUGUUCCUAAUCCUGGCUUUUGGCCUUUGC